AUGAUUAUUGCUACUCCCUUCUCUCGCGAAAAGUUUUGUUCUCCCUUUCCUUAUUGUAAGUCCUUUUCUUUUUUAAAUUCGGCAUUCUUUCUUUCUGUUUCUUCUCUUAUUAUUGCCAGACAUUUAUUUCUUGUGAGUUCUUCAACUUCUUCUUCUUCUUCUUCUUCUUCUUCUUCUUAUUAUUAUUAUUAUUAUUAUUAUUAUUAUUAUUAUUAUUAUUAUAUUUUCCUUCUUCCUCUUAUUAUUAUAUAUUCUUCUUCUCCUUCUUAUUAUAUAUUCUUCGUAUUAUAUAUUCCUCUUCUUUCUCGUCUUCUUCUGAUUAUUAUUAUUAUUCACAGCCUCCUUCUUCUUCACCUUAUAUUUGUCACUUUUUCCUUUACCAUUAUUUUCCUCGAUGCCUUCUCAAAUGUAUUUUUCAUAUUCUUUCUGAUUGUUUCCCAUAAUGUUCUUUAUUUUCUUCUUUACGAUGUUGCUGUCCACACUUUUCUUUUUCUUCGUAAUUUGCCUUAUGCACAUCACGUUCUUUCUUCUUUGAAUUCCCUUCAUUUUUUUUUCACUUUUUCUCUAUUUUCUUCCUUUUUUUUCAUCGUGUUUUUCUCAUUCUUAACUUUCUACUUCUUCAUCCCUUCCUUCGCGUUUCACAUUAUUUUUCUUAUCCUCCGCGUUUUUCCUGGGUUUCUUCUUCUUUUACUUAAUUUCCUUCUUUUUUUCUUCAAUUUCUUUAUACGAUACAUCUUUCCGUUAUUCUUUUAG